GAUUAAUUAAAAGAAAAUACGAAAGAAGAUGGCGAAGAAAACGGAAAGUAGAGAGAGAGAGAAAUAAAAGAGAGAAGUAAGAGCUGGAUUCACAUGGACUUGUUCUCUCUCUCUCUCUCCUUCCUUUAUUCUCAUCUUGCGACUUCUCUCUCUCUCUCUCUCUCCACCAACAAAACUGAUUGAAACCAAUUUUGUUCUCUCUCACUCUUCUUUCUCUUCCCUUCUCUGCCUCUAACGCCAUGGCUGACGAUAAGGAGGUGCCGGGUGCUGUAGUUAACGGACACGAUCAAGUCACUGGCCACAUAAUCUCCACAACUAUCGGAGGCAAAAACGGAGAACCAAAACAGACGAUAAGUUACAUGGCGGAGCGUGUCGUCGGAACAGGCUCCUUCGGGAUAGUUUUCCAGGCGAAGUGUCUCGAGACCGGAGAAACCGUGGCGAUAAAGAAGGUUCUGCAAGACAGGAGGUACAAGAACCGAGAGCUUCAGCUGAUGCGUGUUAUGGACCAUCCUAAUGUGGUUUGUUUGAAGCAUUGCUUCUUCUCCACCACUAGUAAAGACGAGCUGUUCCUCAACUUGGUUAUGGAGUAUGUACCCGAGAGCUUGUACCGUGUUCUGAAACAUUACAGCACUGCUAACCAGAGAAUGCCUCUUGUCUAUGUUAAACUCUACAUGUACCAGAUCUUCAGGGGACUUGCGUACAUGCACAAUGUUGCUGGAGUUUGUCACAGAGAUCUAAAGCCUCAAAAUCUUCUGGUUGAUCCUCUGACUCAUCAAGUCAAGAUCUGUGACUUUGGCAGUGCCAAACAGCUUGUUAAAGGUGAAGCCAACAUCUCUUACAUAUGUUCAAGAUUCUACCGUGCACCAGAGCUCAUAUUUGGUGCCACUGAGUACACAACUUCCAUUGAUAUCUGGUCUGCUGGUUGUGUUCUUGCUGAGCUUCUCCUUGGUCAGCCAUUAUUCCCUGGAGAAAAUGCUGUGGAUCAGCUCGUUGAAAUCAUCAAAGUUCUUGGUACACCAACUCGAGAAGAGAUCCGUUGUAUGAAUCCACAUUACACGGACUUUAGGUUCCCACAGAUAAAGGCACACCCUUGGCACAAGAUUUUCCAUAAAAGGAUGCCUCCAGAAGCGAUUGAUUUCGCAUCAAGGCUGCUUCAGUACUCUCCAAGUCUUAGAUGCACAGCUCUUGAAGCUUGUGCACAUCCGUUCUUUGAUGAACUGAGAGAACCAAAUGCUCGUUUACCAAACGGACGGCCUUUCCCGCCAAUCUUCAACUUCAAACAAGAGGUAGCUGGAGCAUCACCAGAGCUGGUCAACAAGUUGAUUCCGGACCAUAUCAAGAGACAGUUGGGUCUAAGUUUCUUGAAUCAGUCUGGAACUUAAAACGAUCAGAAGAUGAGGGACUUUAUAUGUAUAAUGUACCAUUACUCAGAGGCAGAAGAAGGUAGUUGAACGCAAUGUGGAGGAUAACAAAUCAGAAGUUUUGUCUCCUCAAACUCAGUUCCAGGAAUGUUUCCUUUGGGAGACAAGUUUGAUGGUCAAAGACAGCUUCUACAAACCUGACUUCCCCAAAUCUGCAAGAAUAGCUAUUCAGAUGUAUCUUUUUCUUUUUCUUUUUCCUUUUUAAGUUUUGUGAGAAAACAAAAUCUUCCCUUGUACUUCAUUCUUUCUGCAUCUGUAUAUGAGUUUAGUAGUUAGAGUUUCUUUAUAUAGUAAAGUUUGAGCAGAA